AUGUUGAGCACCGUUCGCUGCGGGCCAACACACGCCCCAGCAAUUGUCCCGCUCCAAACACAGCAGGUGCGGUUUAUCUCACGUAGAAGAAUUGCAUAUCCAUUCUACCCAUUCAAAAGACUGGGCAAACAAAACCCUAAGAAACAUGACAGUAACCUGAAAUACGCAAUGCGUCAGUUCUUGGGCCCUCGCAACUUCAAGGGCGAGUAUGUUAACAAUCGGUACUUCCAGGUGUCCCAGAACCAUGAGCCCAAAUACAUAACUCCAGACCUUGAAAGAGGCCAAUCAUUGCGGGACCCCAUCACUGGUGAUCUGCUCACACUCCAACCAGAAGGCAGUGUGGCCCCAGCAACGUCGCAACGGGGCCAAAACAGCGCGUUCACGGGCUCGCGUGACCGCAAGCUACAACCGUUCCCAAGCAACAGACAUUGCAUCACGAACCGGGUUCUCAGCGAAGAACUCAAACUGCAAAUCAACGACGAUAUCCACAACAAGCAGCUGUCGACGCAGGAUGUGUCGCAGCGUCAUGGGCUUAAAAUCCCACGCGUUGAAGCCGUGGUCAAGCUCACGGAUAUCGAACAAAAAUGGGAAAAAAACAAUCGCAUAGGUCCAGGACUGAAAACUAUGGCAUCCACACUGUAUAAAAUGUUCCCACUGUUCGAGCCCAGAAUCGAAGUUGCAAGGGAAAACUUGUCGGAAAUUCCAGUUCCUUCCAAAGCGCUGCGGUCGCGUUUUGUGACCAUUGCAGAAUCGGAGCCCUUCGGCCCCGUCGACGCUGCUAAGGUGCUGGAACUCGAACCUGCCGCAGAAACCCUAGAGAAAUUGGCGACCUUGGGAGAACAUUCCGCCCAUCAUUCCACUUCCUCAGCUGCAUCCUCAGACAACAAGAAAAAGGUCAUAUACGGACAAAUGAGUCAAGGAGAAAGGUCCUUGUUCAAGUUCGAGUCCGCUCGCGUCGGCGAAGUCGGUUGGCGUUACGGUUCUGGCAAUCGCGACUCGAAGAAGGAUCGCAGAAUUGGUUUCAACAAGCUGGGGAAAAUGGUUUACUUGUAA